CCCUCCUGCUCCGUUUUCAUCUGGUGAGUUCUUAAAGUUCAUCCUGUCACGAGCUCCCAAUCUGAUUGCUCGUCCCUGGACCGUCAAGUUCAUCCUGUUACCCCUGAUCCCAUCCCAUUCCUCUCACCGCCAUCCACAACGCCUAUGACUACUGGCGCGUUGGCCUCGAAUAGUAUGACCGCGACAUCAGCAACCCCUACCAACGGACUUGUCAUAGCUGGAGCUAUGAAAGAAACAACUUUUAGCCUCGCUAUCGGCCAUGGGCAAAUUAUCAGGUACAAGUAUAGUGAUAUUCGUGAACCCCGCCAAAUCUCCUUUGCCACCAACAUUGUUCGUCUUGACCGUGUAUGGGAUGACGAAAGCCUCAAUUGGGAUCCUAUCGAUUGCGCCAGGAAUCUUCUACAGAUAAAUGGUACAGCAAUCGCACUCCGGUACUGGCAGAUGGUCUUCAGUGGUAAGAAGAACAGGGUGUGGUCAUGGUUGAAGAAACUCUGGACUGAGUGGAAGUAUGUUGCUGAGCGUUACCGUUCUCGUGGCCCUGAUGAUUUUUGGCAAGAGUUUUCCUCAACCAACGGCGAACAUUUUCACUGGAAGGCUAUCACUGAUCGGUUACGGGAAUUGCGUAGUGCGCAGGACGAGAGGCUCGUGGAUAGGGCAAAGGCUGAGUAUGGGGACCGUUUCUCUCAGGUCUUUGUGAACAACCGAGGCAAGGUACUCACAGAUAAAUCAGCUAUUGCGCGUCGUUACCUUGCUGAGCUUGAUCAUCGUUUGGUAUAACACAUCUAUGAUUUACUA